AUGGUCCGCUUUGACUUCUUGGGCUGGUUGGCCCUUUCAUUCCUCUCGUCUGCUUUCGCAGCCGACGUCUUCCCUGACUGCACCAGCGGCCCUCUCAGCAAGCUGGCUAUCUGCGACACCUCGCGCGACCCCGUCGCCCGUGCUCGGUCCCUCGUGGCUGCUAUGACGCUAGAGGAGAAGAUCAAUAACACUCGAUUUGACUCUCCCGGUCUUCCUCGUUUGGGACUGCCGGCUUACAACUGGUGGAGCGAGGCCUUGCACGGCGUCGCCAGGUCUCGCGGAGUGCACUUCGCCGAUAGCGGAGAGGAUUUCAGCUAUGCCACAUCGUUCCCAGCUCCUAUUGGCCUGGGCUCCGCGUUUGACGAUGAGCUCGUCAAGCAGGUCGCUACCGUGAUCAGCACCGAGGCUAGGGCCUUCGGCAACACGGGUCACGGCGGCCUGGACUACUGGACGCCCAACAUCAACCCGUUCAAGGAUCCCCGAUGGGGUCGCGGGCAGGAAACUCCUGGCGAAGACGCGCUGCACACCGCGCGUUAUGUCUACCAUCUCAUCGAUGGCCUCCAGGGCGGCAUCGGACCGGCUCAUCCCAAGAUCGUGGCGACCUGCAAGCACUUCGCCGCCUACGACCUGGAAGACUGGGACGGCAUUGAGCGCUACGCCUUCGAUGCUAUCGUCUCUUCACAGGAUCUGGCUGAGUAUUAUUUCCCGCCAUUCAAGACCUGCACGCGCGAUGCCAAAGUCGAUGCCGUCAUGUGCAGCUACAACUCGCUGAAUGGGAUUCCGACUUGCGCCGACCCAUGGCUCCUACAGACCCUGCUGCGCGAGCACUGGCAGUGGGAAGCUCCCGGACACUGGGUGACAGGUGACUGCGGUGCGAUCCAGAACAUCUACGCGGAUCAUCACUACGCCGCGGACGGAGCGCACGCCGCUGCCGCCGCAAUCAAAGCUGGCACUGACCUUGACUGUGGAGAUGUGUUUCCUCGAUUCCUAGGUGAGGCCGCGGAGCAAGGGCUGUUCUCCAACCGUACGUUGGACCGCGCCCUGACGCGACUGUAUUCGUCGCUUGUCAAGCUGGGUUACUUUGAUCCCGCCGACGAUCAGCCCUACCGAUCCCUGGGGUGGAAGGACGUGUCCACGACGCAGGCGGAACAACUCGCCUACACGGCCACAGUAGAGGGUCUUGUCCUGCUGAAGAACGAAAAAACCCUGCCGCUGAAGAAAAACGGCACCGUCGCGCUCAUCGGCCCCUACGCCAACGCUACUACCCAGAUGUUGGGCAAUUACUAUGGUUUCCCCAAGUACCUUCGCACACUCCUCUGGGGUGCCUCCAACGCGGGAUUCAAAGUCCGCUAUGCUCCCGGGACGGAUAUCGACUCUGACAGCACCGAGGGCUUCGAUGAUGCCCUCUCCGCCGCCAACGAUGCAGACGUCAUCAUCUACGCCGGCGGGAUCGACAACGACAUCGAAGCGGAGUCCAAGGACCGCACGACCAUUGUCUGGCCCGGCAACCAACUUGAUCUCAUCGACCAGCUGGCGGACGUGGGAAAGCCACUCGUGGUCGUCCAGUUCGGCGGCGGCCAGGUCGACGACUCCUCGCUUCUGGAGAACGACGGCGUCGGCGCUCUCCUCUGGGCCGGAUAUCCCGGCCAGGCCGCCGGCGCUGCCAUCUUCGACGUCUUGACCGGCAAGGUCGCGCCCGCUGGCCGUCUACCGGUAACGCAGUAUCCGGCAAGCUAUGUCGACGAAGUCCCUAUGACCGAUAUGUCGUUGCGUCCUGGGUCAGGAAACCCCGGCCGGACGUAUCGAUGGUAUGAUGAGGCCGUGCUCCCGUUCGGAUACGGCCUCCAUUAUACCACCUUUGAUGUAUCGUGGGGCAAGUCAUCUGGGUCAUACGAUACCGCGACGUUGGCGAAGUCAGGAACAAACGCCUCGGACACAUCAAUCCUGGAUACGUUCAGUCUCACGGUAAAAAACACCGGCAAGGUCACCUCGGACUAUGUCGCGCUUGUCUUCUUGACGGGCGACGUCGGACCCAAGCCAUAUCCCAUCAAAACGUUGGUAGGAUAUAAACGUGCAAAACAGAUCAAGCCCGGACAGAGCCAGACGGUCAAGGUCGAGGUGACUGUCGGCGCGGUGGCGCGUUAUGCUACGAAUGGCGACCAAGUCCUGUAUGCUGGGGAGUAUGAGCUGCAUAUCGAUAAUGGGAAGGAAGGUACGCUUUCGUUCGUGGUGAAAGGAGAGGACAAGCUGUUGGAUGCAUUCCCUCAGCCCGAUGGCAAUCGGACUUCAAUUACACUACAUUAA